AUGGGAUCUCAAACUACCUCCGCCCCCAUGCAAUACGUUGCUUACCUCCAUCCUAACUUGGUCGUUCCUCGUGUUGGUCAUUUUGACCUGGCCAAGGAUACUAUCCAGCCUCUGUGCUUCACGUCCGGAACUCCGGUGUCGGACCUUUAUGAAGUCAUUGCUGCAGGAGCUUCUCAGAUCAUUUUCGAUUCUGGUAGCGAGGUGCUAUUGGCCAAAGACGUCAAGUUAUUGCCCACCAUUUCUGGCCGAGACAUUCUGGCUGUAGGAAAGAACUAUAUGGAACAUGCCAAAGAGUUCAACAGCUCAGGGUAUGACAGCUCUGAUAAGACCGACCGACCAAGCCAUCCAGUCAUCUUUACGAAGCGGGCUACGUCUGUUAUCGCUCAUGGGGACAUUAUACUUCCUCAUAUCAACUUUUCGCAGACUCUCGAUUAUGAGGGAGAAAUCGGGGUUAUCAUUGGAAAGACAGGAUACCGUAUUGAUGAGACUAACGCAUGGGACCAUGUCUGGGGCUAUACCAUUAUCAACGAUAUGACUGCCCGUGAGCGUCAACGCGAUCACAAGCAGUUCUUUAUUGGAAAGUCACCCGAUACCUUCUGCCCCAUUGGCCCUAUUGCUGUCUCGAAAGAUGAUCUACCAUCUACUCUGAAGGUUCAAACCCAUGUCAAUGGGGAGCUUAGGCAGAGCUCUACUACCGAAGAUCUCAUCUUUUCCAUUCCCACCUUGAUUAGGACUAUUUCCGAGGGCCAAACAUUGCAGCCUGGUGAUGUAAUUGCUACUGGUACUCCCGCCGGCGUUGGCAUUGGUAAAAACCCACCGGUUUUUCUCCAGCCUGGCGAUGAGGUUUCCGUCUCGGUCACAGGGCUAGGAACCUUAUCCAAUGAGAUCGGAACCGCAGACACUACCAACCCAACGGUCGAGCGAGUUUCUUCAAGCUCGCCAUUUCGCAUCACCAACUUGGCCAAGACACUCAGCGUUGGUAUUGGACUGACCGAACUCAAUGGCAAGCAAUUCAACUACAAGAGACAAGGAUCUGGAAGUAACCACAUCGUCUUCGUGCAUGGUCUAGGCGGUACUAUGGAUUACUGGACUCCCUUGAUCUCUAAACUUUUCCUCUCUGAGUACUCUCUUCACUUGUUUGACUUGGAGGGCCAUGGUCUUAGCCCGACACAUCCUCUCAGUCAGCUAAGUAUUGAGUCAUUUGCGUCGGAUAUUCGAUCUAUCUUCGAUGUUGCGAACAUUUCUACUUCCGCCACCCUAUUCGCCCACUCUCUUGGAUGCUUGGCAGCCCUCAAAUUCACGCUAGACAACCCUACUCUUGUGGGCAAGUUGGUCCUCAUCGGGCCCCCUCCAUCACCUCUACCAGAUGCAGCAUCGGAGGGCGCGUAUGCCCGUGCAACCGUUGUCAGAAGCAAGGGUAUGCAAGCUGUUGUAGAUGCUGUAGUGGAUGCGGGGACAUCAGGGCACUCUAAGCAGGAAAACCCUAUCGCGAUCACUGCCGUUAGACUGAGCCUUCUCGGUCAGGAUCCCGAAUCUUAUGCCAAGGCACUUUGGGCACUUGCUGGAGCCACCAAGGAGCUCAAGGUAGAGCAGAUCCAAGCCAAGACCCUCAUUAUCACGGGCGACGAAGACAAGGUCUCACCCUCCUCUCUAUGCGAGAAGUAUGCGUCUCGCAUACAAGAUUCUCAACUUGUGGUACUCAACAAUGUUGGACAUUGGCAUGUUUUUGAGGCCGUUGAUGGUGUUUCUGAAGCUGUGAAGGCAUUCCUGUAA